AUGUUGGGCACAAAAACCCUGGUCUUUCCGAUCCUCCUCCUACCGCCGCAUAGUCCACAGACGACUGACCAGGGAACGCCUCUACUCUACUCCGGCACUCCGUUUUCUUCCCCUUCCUCCUACCGACCCCCAAAUUUAGCUUUGCGUCCUCCCAUGAUCACGAAGCAUUUUUAAUUCAUUGAUGUACAAGCACUCUUAACCUGGACUUGCGGAUAGUUGCAUAAAUACUAUACUUUGGAUGGUUACAGCUCUCAUUGAGGUUUAUUGACACUGAACAGUUUCGGAGAGUACUGAUGGAGAAAGCACUUGGUCUCUUUAAGCAUUCACUCACUCUUAUUAGAAGUUUCAGUACUUCUGUUCCUUCAACAACUGCUGCAGCAACAGGUGCAUCAAAAAAAUUGAAACGCAGGAAGAAGAAAAACCUCUUCGAAGUAGCUCAGUUUCUUCCUAAUUGGGGAAUUGGGUAUCAGAUGGCAAAGACUCAUUGGACUGGAGUAUCUUAUCAGAUCACCAAGAUCAAUCUUUAUAAGGAUGGUAGACAUGGUAAGGCAUGGGGAAUUGUCCACAAAAAUGGCAUCCCAGCUGCGGACGCUCCAAAGAAAAUAAGUGGGGUUCACAAGCGCUGUUGGAGGUACAUUCCAGAAUCAAAGAAAUCAAUAGAAAGCCGUCCAGAACCAGAAGCUCAAGUAGCUUAACGUCCCAUACUUGAUGUUCUGAUGGAAUGGGUUGUCUUUAUUGCGUGGGUUUAAUUGUUAAAUAUGGUGGUGGAUGGUGAUCAGUUUGAAUCAGUGUGGUCAACGGGGUUAAGACUAAAGACUUGCCCACAUCUGAUCGAAUUUUGUAAUGAUUAUUUCUAAGUUCAGAACUAAGCAUGUAGGCUUGCAGAUUGUGUUGUCUAAAUAGGGUGAUCAGAAGUGUGGAAUUUAUUCCUAACAUUUCUCGUGCACAUACCUUGCAAGAGCAGAUUUUUUAUUGGUAAUAAAUUAACAACUAACUUUCAGGUCGCAA